AUGGUUGUUAUGCUUAGUUCAUGCGUAAAGUUAUUAUUGGCAGCAAUAUGUCUACAAAUCAUCCUGUGUGAAUGCCAUACUCCUAUUAACAAUGCAGCUAAUAUUACAGAACAGUUGAAUGCCUCUUCAACUGUGAAACAGAUUGUCAAUCCUGUAAAAUCACUUUCACUUCACUUUUGUCCAUCAGCUAGAAAGAGAAAUGGUAUUGAUCCUAAUUCAACUGUACCAUUAGACAAAAGAGGUGUGAUUAGCCAUCACAUACCAAUUCAACAUUUAAUUCCAUUACAUCAUGAAUUGAAGUCUAUAUCAGUGAAUUUCGAUGCCAAAUGUCUUCCUAAACCUAUUCCAGAUGGUAAAGGAAUCAAUAUAUCCAAAGCACCUGAACAGCUGAAUGUUAGUGAUGUGACCAGCGAAAUACCAGACAAUAUUUCAAGUAUUUCGGCUAUAAGACACGAAGAACCUGAAUUACAACAAGCAGGAUCAAUGUGUAACAGACCAGUGAUAUUGGUACCAGUGAAAUGUUGUCGUAUGCAUGCUAGACCGAUACAAAGAAACAAGAAAAUAUAUAUCAGAAGAAGCGGAGUUGUUGGCAAAAAGAUAAUAUGCCUGGGAGGGGGUCGGAAAGUUGUGAAAGGUGGCGUGAGGAUUAGUGGUGGUAAGAAGGUUGUGAGAGGCGUAGUGGUACGUCGAGUUGGAGGGAAACGAGUUCGACUUGUCAGAGUGAGUGGAGGUGGGAAAAUUGUGAAACGUGGCGUAAGAACUGGUGGUAAGAAGAUUGUGAAGCGCGUAGUGAUACGUGGAGCAGGAGGGAAACGAGUUCGAGUCGUCAGAGUGAGUGGAGGUGGGAAAAUUGUGAAACGUGGCGUAAGAACUGGUGGUAAGAAGAUUGUGAAGCGCGUAGUGAUACGUGGAGCAGGAGGGAAACGAGUUCGAGUCGUUAGAGUGGGAGGGGGUCGGAAAGUUGUGAAAGGUGGCGUGAGGAUUAGUGGUGGUAAGAAGGUCGUGAGAGGCGUAGUGGUACGUCGAGUUGGAGGGAAACGAGUUCGACUUGUCAGAGUGAGUGGAGGUGAGAAAGUUGUGAAACGUGGCGUAAGAACUGGUGGUAAGAAGAUUGUGAAGCGAGUAGUGAUACGUGGAGCAGGAGGGAAACGAGUUCGAGUCGUCAAAGGCGAAGGACGUCGAAGAACAGUGAAACGUGGUAAAAAGAUUGUGAGGCGUGUAGUGAUACGUGGAGCAGGAGGCAAGCGAGUUCGAGUAGUCAGAGGAGAAGGACGUCGAAAAACAGUGAAACGUGGUAAAAAGAUUGUGAGGCGUGUAGUGAUACGUGGAGCAGGAGGGAAACGAGUGCGAUACGACAAGAAUGGCAAAAGAAUUGUUGUGAGAGUUAAACGUGUCCGAAAGAAAGUAAUAGACAGACCAGAUGGAUUGAGAAAGAUGAGACGUAGACUUCGACGAAUAAGAAGGCGACAGAUAAUAAGAAUUAAAACUAUACACGUUCGUGACAAAGAUGGCAGAGUAGUAACUAAAACCGUAAGGAGAAAGAAACGAACACCGUCUGAAGAUUUUAUUCCUCUUGAAAAGAUAAAGCGUUAUAUUCAUAAAAAUGCAUCUGAUGGUAUUCAGCAUAUUCGAAUUUUAAUUAAAAGAAGAAAGCGUAUUCGUAAACGAACUGCCUUACAGAAGAUCAGACGACGUUUACGUAGACGAAGAAGACGAAUUAUACUUUUACCUAUACAACCCAAGUCAACGUCAGACAGUGGAGAGCCGUCCACCACCACACCCGAAGAUGACGAUCUUUACAUCUACUACAUUGACAGGUUCGGAAAGAGAAGGAGACGACCUCGACGACACACUAAACCAUCACACAAACGAACCAGAUCGACGCCAGCCACCGUCUCACCAAAACAUACACUGACUGAUGAUGCCGAUGGUGAUGUGGAGUACUAUGAAGACACCGACAGUUCUCCAAAGACGAACAAACCGAUAGAACAUCGAAAAAGACAAAAAACAACUCAUGCAAAACCGCCUGUAGAUCCUUUCAAACCAGUUAUAAAGAAAACUGUGAUCUAUAAUCAAAAGAACCCGCCUAUGUCAAAUGAUGAUUACUAUGAUGAUGAAAUCUCAGAGACUACAUGGAUUGUAAAAAUAGGCGACAAAAAUGUGACUGACAAGGAUAUACUGAAUUAUAUCAAUAAACAGGCGAAAAAUAUUCUUACAACAAAUAAUAAUAAUACUAAUGAUUCAGAUAAACAUGAAAUAGAGACUGAAACAUCUUGGUUCACAGCACCGAAGACUGUUAAUAGACUAAAUGAUAAAAAAGUUGAUAAAUUUUUGGAUAAAGAGGCGAAUUUAAAUCAUAUUCUCAAGAUGCUUUUACCAAUAGAUGAGCCAAAUAAACAACCAAGAAAAAUGAUAUCAAGAAGAAUAUGGUACUCUGAUAAUUUGGAUAAAGAAUUAAAUGAGUUGGAUAUCACUGGGAUGUUAAAGAAUUCAACUGAGUUGAACAAUCUAUUUGAAAAACAUCUAAAGACCUCUUCAUCCCCAAAAAGUGGUAAGGAAUCCUCCGAAAGUUCAACUUAUUAUGAAGAUGAAACUGAAGAACCAUAAAAUCAUUUGAAAAAGAAAAACCACUAUAAUACUAUUAAUUU